GAAGGGCGCUGACAGAAAGUGUGAUUAUUAAUCUUCAGCAUGAAGCCUUGUGUAGUGCUCGUGUUCCUCCUGUUCUCUCUCGUGUGUCUGAUGAACCAGGCGUCGGACGCGUGUUCAUGCGCGAUGUCUCAUCCACAGGACGCGUACUGCAACUCCGACAUCGUGAUCAGGGCAAAAGUGGUGGGCAAGAAACUCCUGGACGACCGUCCGUUCGGGACCCUGCGCUACACCGUCAAACAGAUGAAGAUGUACAAAGGCUUCGACAAGAUCCAGCAUGUGCAGUACAUCUACACACACAACAGCGAAAGCAUGUGCGGAGUCAAGUUUGACAUCAACAAAUACCAGUACCUGAUCACAGGUCGUGUUCACGAUGGGAAGGUUUACACCGGCCUGUGUAACUUCAACGAGCGAUGGGAACGCCUGUCUCUGGCCCAGAAGAAGGGCAUUAACCACCGGUAUCAGCUGGGCUGUAACUGCAGGAUUAAGCCGUGCCACUUCCUGCCCUGUUUCGUGACCUCGAAACACGAGUGCCUGUGGACCGACAUGUUGUCCCACUUCGGAUACCCCGGGUAUCAGUCCCGACACUACGCCUGUAUUCAGCAGAAAGAGGGUUAUUGCAGCUGGUACCGAGGGAUGACCACGCGCGACAAAGUGACCAUCAACACCACCGACCCCUGAACCCUGACCCCUGACCCCGCCCUGACCCCCGAUAACUAACUGCCCCACAUCAGAUCACGUGUGUGUUCAGCAACGGGUCACGUCAAUUAGAUGAAACGUGAGGCCUGGAGCGAUUACCCAGCUAACUAAAACAUGUUCGAAGAACGUUUCGCUAACGCUAAUGUUCCGUGACGUUUAAA